CUGCAUUUGCAGCUGCUGGCGAAUUUUCCUAAAUGAUUUAAAUUAAUCAGUGGCACAGUGGGAGGGUGAGCUCAUUAAGUUCCUAGCUGAAAGCACAAACCACAUGAUAAGGGCUGCUUCCUAAGUGCCGCGGAGAGAAAAACAGAGAAGAUGCAUGUUUCGAACGGCGUCCUUAUAACUGAACAAUCAGCAGACACUCUGCUCCAGCUGUCACUUGCUGAAGUUGCCACCCUCAACGAAGGCAUCAAUUUUUUUCGAAAUAAGAGCACUGGCAAAGACUACAUCUUAUACAAGCAUAAGGACCAGCUGAGGGCAUGCAAGAACCUAUGCAAGCAUCAAGGAGGGCUGUUCAUAAAAGAUAUCGAGGAUUUAGAUGGAAGGUCUGUGAGAUGCACGAAGCACAAUUGGAAACUCGAUGUGAGCACCAUGAAGUACAUCAACCCUCCAGACAGCUUCUGUCAAGAUGAACUGGUGGUUGAAAGGGAUGAAGAAAAUGGACUUUUACUUCUUCUAGAACUGAAUCCUCCAAACCCCUGGGAUGCAGACCCCAGAUCUCCGGAGGAUUUGGCUUUUGGGGAAGUGCAGGUAACGUACCUCACUCACGCCUGCAUGGACCUCAAGCUGGGAGACAAGAAGAUGGUCUUUGACCCGUGGUUAGUUGGUCCUGCUUUUGCCCGAGGAUGGUGGUUGCUACAUGAGCCUCCAUCUGAUUGGCUGGAGAGGCUGUGCCAAGCUGACCUAAUUUACAUCAGCCACAUGCACUCGGACCACCUGAGUUAUCCCACACUAAAGAAGCUUGCUGAAAGAAGGCCAGAUAUUCCCAUUUAUGUUGGAAACACAGAAAGACCCGUGUUUUGGAAUCUGAAUCAGAGUGGUGUCCAGUUGACUAAUAUCAAUGUGGUACCAUUUGGAAUAUGGCAGCAGGUAGACAAAAAUCUUCGCUUCAUGAUCUUGAUGGAUGGCGUUCAUCCUGAGAUGGACACCUGCAUUAUUGUGGAAUACAAAGGUCAUAAAAUCCUCAAUACAGUGGACUGUACCAGACCCAAUGGGGGAAGGCUGCCUAAGAAGGUUGCUCUAAUGAUGAGUGAUUUCGCUGGAGGAGCAUCAGGUUUUCCAAUGACUUUCAGUGGUGGAAAGUUUACUGAGGAAUGGAAAGCUCAAUUCAUUAAAACAGAAAGGAAAAAGCUCCUGAACUACAAGGCUCAGCUGGUGAAGGACCUGCAACCCCGAAUUUAUUGCCCAUUUGCUGGGUAUUUCGUGGAAUCCCACCCAUCAGACAAGUAUAUUAAAGAAACAAACAUCAAAAAUGACCCUAUUGAACUCAACAACCUUAUCAAGAAAAACUCUGAUGUGUUAACAUGGACCCCACGACCUGGAGCCACUCUUGACCUGGCUAGGAUGCUGAAGGACCCAACAGACAGCAAGUGCAUCAUAGAGCCUCCAGCAGGAACUAAAAUUUACAAAGAUUCCUGGAACUUUGAACCAUACUUGGAGACUUUGACAGCUGCUGUAGGAGAUGAAAUAUUUCGUCACUCAUCCUGGAUAAAAAAAUACUUCACUUGGGCUGGAUUUAAGAAUUAUAACCUGGUGGUCAGGAUGAUUGAGACUGAUGAUCACUUUAACCCCUUUCCUGGAGGAUAUGACUAUUUGGUUGACUUUCUAGACUUAUCUUUCCCAAAGCAAAGACCAAGCCGGGAGCAUCCCUAUGAGGAAAUUCGGAGCCGGGUUGAUGUCAUCAGACACGUGGUGAAGAAUGGUCUUCUCUGGGAUGAUUUGUAUAUAGGAUUCCAAACCCGGCUGCAGCGGGACCCUGACAUAUACCAUCAUCUGUUUUGGAAUCACUUUCAAAUAAAACUCCCUCUAACACCACCCAACUGGCAGUCCUCCUGAUCGGGAGAGCAGAUCCAAGUUUGCCAGGGAUGUCAAGUAAUAUGCAAAAUUCAAGAAUUAAUUAUGCUGCAUCUUGACCACAAGAAGUUAAUCUCAAAGAGAAUAUAUUGUACUGGUAUCAGUAAUAACUAUAUGUUAAAUUUGUGAUAGAUGUUCUCAUGGCUUCUGUCUAUAAAUCAUUAUUUGACCAGAUUACUAAGCAUUUUGCUUAUUCCACUGAAAAUUCUGUGUAAAUGAGUUGUAAAUAGAAACAAAUUUUCUAUGGAAAACAAAGCAUAACAAGAUGUGUAAAUCCAAGCAUAAACAAGAUGUGUAAAUCCAAGCGUAGAAGAAAUAGAAGUAGAAAAACUAUCCUAUACAGUAGCUAGGAAAAAGGAAAGGGAUGGAGGAGCAGAAGUUGAGAUAAAAGGAGGGAAGAGAGUAGAGAAAUAAAUGAGGGGCCAUAAAAAGAAAAAAGGAAAGAGAAAAAAAAUACAAUGGAAUUCAAACAGAAUAUAAAAAUGUUUAUUUUGCUCGUUAGUAAUAGGUUGAUUCCCCAAAUAGAUUUGAUGAAGAAAGUACAGUAAGGAGGAUUCAAGGAUUAUUUUCAAAUUUUCAAAAAGCAUUUUUGAAACAUGUGUUUACCAAGAUACCAAGACAAAGCUGCAGCACUGCCCUGAAAGAUAAAAUGUCAUUACGAGGAAAUUCCUGAUUUAAUCCAGCACAUCAACUACUUGGAGAUGCUAUGAUAAUAUACAAAAACUCCAUGGAAAAACUAAUCAAAAUAAACAGUUCAGUAAAGUAGCAGGAUAUAAAAUUACCGCACAAAAAUCAUUAACCCUCCUAUAGGCAAACCAUCAGUCUGAAGAAGAAGAAGAAAUCAAGAAAACCAUCCCUUUUAUCAUUGAAACCCAAAAAAAUCAAAUACUUGGGAAUAAACCUUAGAAAUAGAUGAAGGACCUAUAUAGAAAAUUAUAAAAAGAUCGCUAAAAGAAACAGAAGACACAAAGAAAUGGAAAGACAUCCUCUGCUCAUGGAAUGGAAGAAUUAACAUUAUGAAGAUGGUCAUCCUCCCAGACGCAAUUUACAGAUUCAGUGCUAUUCCGAUAAAAAUUUCAGUGACUUUCUUUAAAGAAAUAGAACAAAUAUUGAUGAAAUUUAUAUGGAGCCAUAGAAAACUCAAAUAGCCAAAGAUCUCCUGCCUAAAAAGAAGAGGAAUUGAGGUGUAACACUCCCAGAUUUCACACUAUACUACAAAGCCAUAAUAAUUAAAGCUGCAUGGUACUAGAACAAAAACAGACACAUCGACCAAUGGAAUCAAAUAGAAAUCCCAGAAAUAGGGCCCAUCCUGCUGGCACCACGGGCUGAAGUGCAGCACUAUGAAGCUACUAGCCAUGAAGUAGCCAUGGCUACUUCAGUGUAAGUUUGAUCUCCGCCCUAGGAGGUGACCCACAUGGUGCAGCAGACCUCUCCUCUCUCACCCUCU